GCUAUGUCAUUUGCAUUGGGGAAAGGAUGUUGAACGUUCCCAUGAUAGACUUUGUAUAACAUUCCUUCAAUAGACUUUGUAUACACAAAAAUUUGUUAUGGAGACCGACUGUUGGGAUGUCGAAGUUGAUCCAAGAAUAAAAGGCGAGCUAGAGAAGUUAAAUAACACCAAUCAUCGAAUAAAUCUUCUGGAAAAGGAUUAUGAAGAUGCACAAGAAACAUUUCGUAUAACUAUGGCCAAGUCAGCCUCCCAUCUCACGUCAUUGAAUGAUAAAUUGGGAAAGAAGGUGGAUCAAGCCCGACCAUAUUAUGAAGCAAAGACUCAAACAGAACAAGUGCAUAAUGAGAGUGAACAAGCUGCUGCCAGAUAUGACAGAGCCUGUGAUAAUUAUAAUGCUGCCAAAGAUAUGGUCAAGAAGGCUGAAGAAAAAUUGAAACAAGAUAAAAGAUUUCUGGAUUCUGCAUGUCAAGAGAUGCUUAACCAUGCAACAAUAAAGGUAAUGAAAGCCAACAAAGAGAAAGCAGCUGCUGAAAAAAUCCAUCUUGAAGUGUCCCAGGCAUUUACUGAGCUGCAGCUGAAAAAGACAUGUCUUGAAAAAUGUUUGAAAUCUGUUAUAAAUAAAACAAGGUCAUACUUUGAGUUGAAAGAAAAAUAUAACCAAACUCUUGAGGCACACAAGCAAAAGGUAGUAGAACUUCAACAACACAUUACAAUGGCCAAAAUAGAAUAUCAGGACACACUAAGAAACCUGGAGAAAAUCAGUGACUCCAUUCAUGAGCGAAGGAAUAGCGAAGCAAACUUACUUGAGCCACGAGGAGAAGGUGUGGGGGCUGAAAAUCCCGAUGAAGCAUGUAGGAGUGAACAUAUAGCAAAAAUCAAUGAACGAUGUAAUGCCUUAUUUGACUCACACAAGAGUGUUGAUUACCAUAAUUUAGAUGAAGUGGCAACAGAACUUGAGAAUGCCAUAAAAUCGUUGACAUUGCAGAAUGAACAAGAAAGAGAUUCCAUUCCUGAUGGGGACUGUGGAGAAGACAUGUCUGAAAUCAUGCUAAGCAUUGAAAAUAGUGACAACAGCACCUGCAAUAACACACCACAUUCAUUGGUUAGUACUUGUUCAACACAACUAGAUGAUAGCAAUGCAAUGGACACAAAGUUAUUCAUAACUCCACCACCUACAGAUACAUGUGAAGACGAAGUUGGUAAUAAAGCAGUCAGAUUAGAGAAAUGGUUCUUUUUCAGUCCAUCCUCAAAGACCAAAACAGAAUUUGGUUCAGAAAGUAAUCCUGGAAUAGAUUGAGAAUUGCCCAAGGGGGUUGGCAACGGAUGGGAAUACAAAUUUGCAUUGUUUGUUUCAUACAUACAAAAUUUGUAACAGCAGCCAAGACAUCAACCUCGUUCCCAAGGCCUGGAUGACUCCUGGGGAAAACAACCCUAGAAAAGACCCUGGGAACGAGGUUGCCAAGACAUAUGUUCUAGCAUGUUGCUGUGUGUUAUUUAAGUCUAGAAAUGAAUUGAUAUUCACAUACAUCAUAUACCUUCCAACAGGAAUAUUGAUAAAGCAAUCAUCAUGAAACAAAAAGAAGAGAAAAACAAAAACUAUUUAAGUUCUGAGCAUAUUUAAAAGUCAAAUAAUCUUGUAAAAGGUUGAAAAUGCAACAUGUUCGUAAUUUUCUGGUAAUUAAAAAUACCUAAUACAUUGAUCAAAACAAUUCAA